AUGGCACACAGCAUACACUCAUUCGGACUCACGGCGCUUCUCCUGAGCGCGCAUUGCAUCUCGUCUACUUCCGCCUUGAUCGCCUCGCCUGUCUCGAGCGAUCAGCUUUCGCUCGCUCAGGCACACGCCGCCCCUCCUGCAAGCAGACUCAGUAGGAAAGCUCGUCAUGCCCACAUCGGCCAGUCGAUCGGGACUGGGCAGAGCGACUCCGAACAAUACUAUAUGGCAAAGCUGAGGGCACGCCAUCCUCUUGUUUCUGCUGCAGUUCUGCAGCCAAUGCCAGCGCUGCACAAGCGUCAGCAUGCAACGACAACAAAAAGGAAAAAAUCUGCAAAGACAAGCGCGGCAAGCAGUGCUGCUGCAGUGCCUAGCGCGACAAGUGGCACGGCUAGCGGUAGCACGACGGUGCUCGUAGCUGCGACGGGCACAACAGUCGCACUACAAGGCACGCUGCCAACAGCAGGCGCGACACCGACAGGGCUCGGCUCAAAUGCACCUGCGCUUCCUGCAGUGACGAUCGUACCCUCGCAAUGGCCAGCGCUCGACGUCUUGCCAAGCCUCAAUUCGACCCAAGUCCAGGGUUGGCUUGCGGAAAUUGAUUUCACAAAAGUACCCAACAUUGCUCCGAACGGUAUCGGCGGCUGUGCCAACACGAGCUACAAUGCGCAAGCCAUCGCGAAUGCCGGCAGUUCGGGAAAUUGCUGGUGGACCUGCGGCGGAUGUACUCGAGCCGAAGAUGAAACUGCAUGUGAUAACAAGGGCGAUUGGGGACUUUCGUAUGACGAUGGUCCAAGCCCUUAUACCCCCAAGCUGCUCAAUUUUCUCGAUGCCAACAAGAUCAAAUCGACUUUCUUUGUCGUUGGCAGUCGUGCGAUCAGUCGACCCGAAUUGCUGCAAUACGAGCAUAUGGACUCGCAUCAGCUCAGUGUACACACCUGGUCCCAUCCGCCUCUCACUACGCUGUCCAACGAAGGCAUCGUCGCCGAGCUGGGCUGGUCAAGGCAAGCGAUCAAAGAGAUUACAGGCGUCAGUCCCAACACGAUGCGACCACCCUACGGCGACAUUGAUGACCGCGUACGAGCUAUAGCGUCACAGAUGGGCAUGACGCCCAUCAUCUGGACCACAGCGGACGGUCAUGACUUUGAUACUGAAGACUGGCAGAUCGGCGUCAACGGGAUCACUGAGCAGACUGUCGCAAACAACUUUCGCAAUAUCAUCUCUGCGGCAGGCUCCUUGACAGACGGUUUCAUCGUGCUCGAACACGAUCUAUACCCCACAGCGGUUGAUCUGGCCGUCAAUAUCGUUUUGCCUGAAGCAAUGAACGCGUCCCUCAGCAUGCAGCCAAUCGUGCAAUGUCUCGGCGGUACAUUAGCAGAUGCAUACAUCGAGACUGCGUCGAACACGACGACGAGCAGCUCGACGAGCUCUGGCACGACUUCCGGCGCUGCAGCAAGUGCGUCGUCCGCUUCCGACAACUUCAAGGGCGUCACCAAAUCGGGAGAUGCCUCUUCGCACACGCAACCGACAAAGCUGAUGCUGGCAUCAGUCGCACUAUUUCUUGCCGCAUUCGCAUGA